CAUCCCCCCGACUGGCAAUGUCCGCGUAAACUGUCGAACAUUCCUUUGUUAUUUAAUCAAAUUAUCGCACCCCCGAUGGUCCACCCCACAUUCUCGGCCUAGACAGCCCACGUGAGAUGUUCCAGCCUAUUAAAAUAACCAAUCUCGAGGUAAAUAAGCCCGUAGAGGUGACAACACCUGCCUUUGUCUGAUAAAAUAUACAAUUCAUCAAGUAUGGCGGACACCAAUGGGACAUGACUCGAUGAAAAAUGAAGGAAUAAGCAAGUCGUCGUCGACUACUGAAUCACCAGAUUAUUUUCAUCAGUCUUCGGUGGUUGACACGACCUGUCGUCAGUCUAUCAGUGAUUCUCAAGGGUUCAGUCGGGUUUUCAAGAGGUUGCACGAUGAACUCGAUAAUUGCGAGGAAGCUGAUGAGUGGGGAGCAACUGCUGGAUGAGAUUUUCAGUCGAGAUGAGGAGGAUGAUGUCACCAUGGAGUCCUCCACUGAGAGCCUGGGCCUGGAGUUUCAGCUGACGAAUAAGUACAAUAAACUGCUGCCUUAUGCUGACGAACUCAACAAGGAGGCCAUGUGCCUCCUGGCUGAGAUCAAGGGACAGCUGGGGAGGGCUGUCGCCCUGAGGAAGCUGCAGCCAGACUGCGCCUUUGCUACGUUGAAGCUCCAAUGGUAUAUGAAACUCUACAGUCUGAGAUUUACAAAGGAAGACCACAUAAUCUUCAUCAAAUUGAUGUACGAAUUGCUAAUAAUACCUGACUUGGAGCCAUCACUGCUGAAUAUGUUUGGAUCGACGCUGAUUGUCCUCCUGAGAAAGACAAAGCUGCUGACCCCGAGUGAUUUGGAACUACCCUGGAGGCCUCUGUACGACCUGAAGAAGAGACUCAUGGAAGUCAGCAUAUCGUCAGCAGACAUAUGCCGUUUUCCCCCGAGACUUCCCAAAGUUAUUCAGAAUGUCAUAAACGCAGCCAAAGUUUAUUUUCCUGUCUCAGCAACCCAAGAAAUCCUGGACGAGCUCCGUCCGUACAUCUGCCCAAUGGACCCCUCCACGAUGCCCAAAACGAUGGACCACUUCGAAAACUUGCUGCCCCUCCAACUGCCCCCCAAUCUCCACCCGUCAGGUUUCCACCUGUGGUUCGACGAGCUGAUGACCCUCUGGGAGACAUCCCACAACGCAGCGACCUGGCAGCACUCGAUCAUGUGGCUGCUGGCGAAGCUGGCCCACAGGAACAUCGGCUACAUCGACUGGACGCCCCACAUCCCCCUGAUGUUCACCCGUUUCAUCCGUUGCCUGAACCUCCCAGUCUACUACAAGCAGACUCAGGGUGGGAAAUUCCACAAGAUUGAGACCCAGUCGAUGGCCCUGUGGAUCGUCUCGAUCCUGGGGAACGACUCCCCAGGGCAAUUUCACCUCGAGAAGUUCCUGAAGACAGUGGAGACGUACUUCUACCAGGCGAACAUCGGCCCCUGGGUGGACAAGCUGAAGGAUCUCCUGAGCAAGCUGGCAACCCAGUUCGUGUAUCGUCUCAACGCCGAGAGGUACCCCAGGGUCUCCUGGGAGACGCCCAUCCCAGAGUCCCACAAGCUCACUGACGCUGAUGUGGACGCCUUCGUGACAAGCAUGGUGCCAGUGGCGAUGACAGCAAUGUUCGGACAGUCCAGCAUCAACGCAACGUCGACAGUCUUCCGCCAGCUCGCCACCAUCCGUCCGAAUCUGGUGAUCCCCCACGUCAUCGAGAGGAUGUUCGCCACUCUGGACUCAUUGACGGAACCCCACAAGCUGACAGCCUCGAUGGCAGCUGUCACUGCUGUCGCCAGACCCUUGAUCCAGGGGAAGAGGAAUGUUAACACUGGGUACACCUACAACGAAGGCCCCUCCAGGGUCAUUCCCCUGCUGAUGUCCUCUCUUCCUGGGAUUGAUGGCAAUGACUUGGUCAAGUCCUUCGCGACCUUCAGGUUGAUCUCAGUCUACACAACGAUGGUCCCCGUGACCGACUCCUCCCGAGCGUCCGGCGACCUCGAGGACGACGACAGACAGAUCUGCGAGGAGACAGCGCAGUUCGAGGACUUCAUGCUGCAGUUCUUCGAGAGAAUUUUCUCCCUGAUCGAGUCAAGCACCCUGGAGUACGUGUCCCACGAGAACCAGGAGAACAAUGGAAAGAGCAAGGUCGAGUCGAUGGUGGAGCUGGCCCUGGGCUCAGUCUGCAUGAGGCUGUUGCUGAGGACCAGCAACGACAUCUACCAAUCGGUUCUCCACAAGCUCCGGAUAUUCGUGACUGAGCGAGUGUUCGAGACGAGGGUCUCAGGGCCCCUAGCAGCCUCCCUGUGCCGGAGCUUCUCCAAAGUGAACGGUCGCGAGACCCUGAAAGCCCUUCUCCCAGGGCUGGCAGAGACUAUUCUCGAGUUCGUGGAGGAGGGAGAGGUUGCCAAGGAGGAGAACCUCGACGACAGGCUCCUCUACGCUCUUCUCCUCGUCGCGAAUAUCGUGGACACCAGGGGCACCGACCUCCUCCCCCACAUGGAGACCCUCAUGGAGAUUCUGGACAAGACACUUCACCUCAAGUCCAGGGAGGGAUCGAAACUGGCCAGCAGGAUCCUGAGGACCCUCUUGGGGUCCCUAUCCAACAUGAGCGUUUGCUGCAAUUUCAUGUACAAUGGGAAGGACUUUAACGACCCUCAUUACCCCUACGUCCUGGACUGGGGGCAGGGCGCUGACAUCGACGAGAUGGAGCUGCACUGGUAUGUCCCUGGGGAGGAGGAGAUCGCGAUGAUCCAGAAGAUCUUCAACAGGUACAUGCCAAUGGAGAUUGCGAAGAUCAAGGAGUACGUGGCCACUGGGAAUUCCAUCAGCAGGCAGGAGCUGCUGACGAGCCUCAAUAUCAUUGCUCGGAUUAUCGAUGGCUGCAUCGCGUUUCUCCCUGUUCCUGAGGACGACUCCAAGUGCAUCGAGCACGAGAUAACCUUGAUCGUCGGUAUCAAAGGAGAAGUGACAAUGCCAGACGGUGGAAACGUUCGCGAAGAGAUGGUGAAGGUGCUCUCAGAGCUCCAGGAGAUGAUGCUGAAGUCCUCGGAGGACGACACAAAGAGCCUGAAAGUCCUCCCCACGAUCUGGAGUGUCUUGCUCCUAGGAAAAUAUCGUCACGUCGACGUUCACAAGCGGCACUCAGCAGCGAUGCGUCUCUUCAAAGUGGACCUCCGAGACGACCUGAUAAAAAAGAAGAAGCACCUGGACGAAUACAUCCUCGAGAGGGCUGAGCUGCAGCACGAGAUGAGGGUUUACUCCAGCUUCUACAGUCUCAGGGCCUUCCACAAGGACAUAAUGCUCCAGUUAUUCAACCUGGCGACAAGUACCUACGCCGACGUGAGGACGAGUCCCCAGGAGACGCUGUUCAUGGCGUUCACGUACUUCCCGUACUCCUACAAAUUCUUCAUGCCUCACCUGGUGGAGAUGCUGGGAAGGGACCCUGAGGAGCACCACGAGGCACACAAGGGGCUUCUGUACCUCCUCCUGGGUCCGAGGAGCAGUGCCCUGGUGGCCACGAGGGACUGGGGCUUCCUGCGUAACCUGUGGCCAGCGCUGGUGACCUCAAAACCCUCAGAGAAGAUGUCAGUCAUCAGACUGAAGAACAGCAUCACCGACACCGUCUACAGGGGCUUCCACAACGUCGCCAUAAAGCUGAACGUCCCCGAGAGUUGCGUGGAGAUCGCCGUUGAGUUGUGGGACAGCUCCCCCAGGCCAUCAGUCCCCCAACCUGAAGAUGAGGAGAUCCAGGUGGGGCUCGAGGAGAUGAGGCAGCUGGAAAGAGAGAACAUCGACAACUACGAGGGUCUGGUGGAGGCAAUCGUCAGUGCGAUCGAGGAUAACUGCCACUGGAGGCAGAGGGCCAUGGGGAUGAAGCUGCUGAGGGAACUGGCGCAUCCCGAGAGGGACUACCCCCCCAGGGUCAUCAACUAUUUCCUAAACGCUCUUUUACACGAUUCCCUGGAGGAGAGGAAGAUCGCCAUUCCCACAGUGGUGACGAUCCUGCGGCAAUUGAAGAGGGAACACAAGAAAAUUUUGAUAGAGAGCCCAAGGUGUCCCCCCAGUGCGCCCCUGGGCAUCAGAUCGGACAACCUGUUCCUCCAGUACAACCACUCGACUCGUCCUCUAUCGAAGGAGCAGUGGAACGAGAGCAGAUACGUGCACGAGCCCUACAUAGGCUUCUACACGUGGCCCAAACAGCUAGAAGUCUACGCCCCGUCUGGUGAGCAGCCCCCACUGGGUCCAGAGCGUGAGCUCAGCCCCUCGGAGCACCUCGUGGAGGCCUUCGUCAUGGACCCCAGCCACAUCUCCAAGCUCAUUAACUUCAACAGCUUGGAGGAGCGAAAGGGAAGGGACAAAUUCAAUGAAUUCAGAUUUCAACUUUACAAGGGACUCUUCAGGAAUCACGGGGUGCAGCUCGUGGACCUCUUCCUCCCUCACUUGUCGAGCCUAGUCACCCAGAAGCAGGAGAGCAGUCAGCUGUGCGCAGCUGAGGUGAUCGCAGGGAUGAUCAGGGGCUCCAAGCACUGGGACUUCGAUAUGAUCGUUGAGAUGUGGGAGAAAGUCCUUCCAGUAAUCAGGAUUGCCCUGGAGAACGUCACGACGGAGACGGUUAGGGACUGGGGCGUCUGUUUUGGCCAGUCGUUGAGGCGAAGGGAUCCUAACAGGCAUCAUUGGCUCCUGGAGUGCCUGAUGGAGGAGCCAGCCCAGGCGAAUGCCACAGCCUCAUUUCUCGAGUGCCAGAGGCUUUUCAUCGUUCAUUCGGCCCUCAUCAACCAGACCUGGAGGGUCUCCGAGCUCUGCGUGAGACUCCUGGAGAGGGUCGAGAGGCGACUGCUUGCUGAUCCCUUCCAGAACGUCAGGGACAGCCUGGGAAGCCUCCUGACCCUGAUUUUCUCAGCUGACUACGAGGAGAGGAGCCCAGACGCCGAGAGGAUGAGGCCCAGGGCGAGGGAUCUCAUGGGCAGGGUCCUCCCACAACUCGUCGAGCUGUCGGACGUCGAUUCCACUGAUCUCGAGGACAGGAAGACAGAGAUCAGCCUCUUGAAGACCAUCUGCAAGUGGAUCGUCAAUCACGCCUUCACCAGCGAUCGAGGGACUCUUCCGGACUCGACGAAACUCCUGACGGUUUUGUGUCAGCUUGAGAAUUGCGAAGGGGAUGACGAGCUCAGGGCCACCUGCAGGAGGGCUCUGGCAUCUCUCGCUCAGACGCAGGCACUUCCUGGGGUCAUGGAGGAGGUCCUCGGGGACGUCGAGAGCGUGUUCGGGGAGAGCUCGUGGUCCGCCAAGAACUCGUGCUUGAGCUUUCUCGAGGUCUUCGUUUUUUAUAAUAUGGGGGUGAUCCUGAGCUGCGGGGAGUGGGUGGGCAGGGUGCAGGGGGUGGUCUUGAGGAUGCUGGAGGACGAGAGGGUUGAGGUGAGGGAGAAGGCUGGGCAGGUCCUCUGUGGACUGCUGCACUGCACCUUUGUCCCUGACCCUGAGGCACUGCUGGAGGAGUUUAAGUUAAAGUCAAAGAUCAAGAUAAAGAAGCCUGACGAUUUGAGAUUGAGACACGCUGGUGUUCUUGGAUUGUGUGCAUUCGUACGAGCACAGCCUUAUCACGUACCGAAAUAUGUGCCUUCUAUCUUUGAGUACCUCAAUCUUCGUCUCAACGAUCCACAGCCCAUUCCGACGACAAUAAGAAAGACACUGGGCGACUUCAAGAGGACCCACUACGACGGAUGGGCGUCACAUGCUCAAUCAUUCACGGAAGAGCAGUUGGGUAUACUUCAAGAUCUGACUGUCCCUCCUUCUUACUACGCGUAAUGGUGAUUCAUUUUGUAUAUUUGAUUCCAUUGUACAAGUUAUUGAUAAUAAAUACUUAAUUUUCUUUAGUUCAAA